CGACUCACACGCAGGGCAGGCGGGCGGGCGAGCUGGAGGAAGGCGCCCGGCAGAGGCAACGGGGGAAAGCAGGCGCCACCAUGCUCUAGGGGCAGGGGGCUCUGCUUCUUCCGUCUCUCUCCCCCGCGCAGCGGAGAGACCGAGGCGCCCCUCUUGCGACUGACAUCCCGACUGAGCUUGUCAAUGGAGCUGGAAAACAUCGUGGCCAACACGGUCUUGUUAAAAGCCAGGGAAGGGGGUGGAGGAAAACGUAAAGGUAAAAGCAAAAAGUGGAAAGAAAUCCUGAAGUUUCCUCACAUUAGUCAGUGUGAAGAUCUCCGAAGGACAAUAGAGAGAGAUUACUGCAGUUUAUGUGACAAGCAGCCGGUUGGAAGACUUCUUUUUCGUCAGUUCUGUGAGACUCGUCCAGAGCUUGAGUGCUGCAUAAGGUUUCUGGACUCAGUGGCAGAAUAUGAAGUUACUCCGGAUGAAAAACUGGGAGAGAAAGGAAAAGAAAUUGUGAUGAAAUACCUCAUCCCAGAGUCACCAGAUUAUGUAGCAGAAGUGAGUCGAGAUCUUGUCCAGCAAACAGAAGAAAAACUUGAAAACAGUCCCUGUAAAGAGGUGUUCUCACCUUGUGUAAAAUCUGUACAUGAGUAUUUAAGUGGAGAACCUUUUCAAGAAUAUACAGCCAGCAUGUACUUUGAUAGAUUUCUCCAGUGGAAAUGGCUCGAAAGGCAACCAGUAACAAAAAAUACGUUUAGGCAGUACAGGGUAUUAGGAAAAGGUGGUUUUGGGGAGGUAUGUGCUUGCCAAGUACGAGCAACUGGGAAAAUGUAUGCUUGCAAAAGAUUAGAGAAAAAAAGAAUAAAGAAGAGGAAAGGUGAAUCCAUGGCCCUAAAUGAAAAGCAGAUCCUAGAAAAAGUCAAUAGUAAAUUUGUAGUCAAUUUAGCCUAUGCCUAUGAAACAAAGGACGCACUGUGCUUGGUUCUGACCAUAAUGAAUGGGGGCGACUUGAAAUUCCACAUAUAUAACAUGGGAAACCCAGGCUUUGAGGAAGAAAGAGCCUUGUUUUAUGCAGCAGAGAUUCUUUGUGGCUUAGAAGACUUGCAUAGAGAAAACACCGUGUACAGGGAUCUGAAGCCAGAAAAUAUCCUGCUAGAUGAUUAUGGCCAUAUCAGAAUCUCUGAUUUGGGUCUGGCUGUUAAAAUCCCUGAGGGUGAAUCAAUCCGCGGACGGGUAGGAACAGUCGGUUAUAUGGCUCCAGAAGUCUUGAACAACCAGCGAUACACACUUAGCCCUGACUAUUGGGGAUUAGGUUGCCUGAUUUAUGAAAUGAUUGCAGGACAGUCACCAUUUCGUGGGAGGAAAGAGAAGGUGAAGCGGGAAGAGGUAGACAGGAGAGUGCUGGAGACGGAAGAGGUUUAUUCCCAUAAAUUCUCUGAAGAAGCAAAAUCCAUCUGUAAAAUGUUACUGACCAAAGAUGUGAAGCAAAGACUCGGUUGUCAGGGAGAAGGUGCAACCGAAGUAAAGAAGCACCUGUUUUUCAAGAGUAUGAAUUUCAAACGCUUACAAGCAGGAAUGCUGGAUCCUCCUUUUGUCCCUGACCCCAGAGCAGUGUAUUGCAAAGAUGUCUUAGACAUUGAACAAUUUUCAACUGUCAAGGGAGUGAACCUGGACCAAACAGAUGACGACUUUUAUUCCAAGUUUUCCACAGGCUGUGUCUCGAUUCCAUGGCAAAAUGAGAUGAUAGAAACAGAGUGCUUUAAAGAACUAAAUAUAUUUGGACCAAAUGGUACUAUCUCACCAGAUCUUAACAGAAACUACCCACCAGAACCACCUAAGAAAGGAUUGCUCCAUAGAAUAUUUAAACGCCAGCACCAGAACAAUUCCAAGAGUUCUCCAAAUUCAAAAUCCAGUUUAAAUCAUCAUAUAAAUUCCAACCACGUAAGUUCAAAUUCCACUGGAAGCAGCUAGUUCAACCUGUUUUUUUGUGAACCUUCACUUCAUGUCCUUCCACUAUACCAUAUGGAGCUUCAAGGAUGAGACAGCAUCCCUCAUUGAGCUAGAAGAUCAACAGUCUCCUCCUGUGGGAGAAAUUUCCCUCUGUUCCUUCCAGUGGAGCCUCCCAUUUAAGAAGAAAUUUUCUCUCAGGUUUGUUUUGGAGGUGGCACUAGAAGUCAUGGGACUCAAUGUUGUCUCUGUAGGACAUUGCAAUAGAAACCAGAGUAUGACAACAUGCACGUAUUUAAAAUAGCAUCAUACCUAGAACUGAAUUUUGUCCUUAUUAUUUUUAAAGAAAAGGUUUUGUAAAUUUCUCUAUUGUCUCAGUUUACAUUUUGUACAUUUGUAUUUAAAUGAAAGUCAGACUUGGGGAUGUAUAUUUUCGAGCAGCAGCUUGUAAAGCCAUGUUGUUUUAAGACUUUUUUUAAAGAGAAAAAGUGAUUCAAGACAUCCGAUCCUCAAAAUUAGAUUGCUUUUUCCAGAUUUAGAAAAUUAUUCAUGUUUCACUUUUCCACAUUGGGUCUGUUGACAUGAAUGUUUUAUGGUAUACUUAAUUUUUCCCCAUUUGUCUAUAUGGUUUACAGCAACACUGCAGAUGAGUGUCUUCCCUCUGUUUCAUUAAAAUUCUUGCUUUUAAAUGCAGUCAAUUUUCAUCAUCUCCCAGGCCAAUAAACUCUGUCUGAGGUUCAUGACGUCAUGGGACCAAUGCUGUUGAUAUUUGCACUUUUUGUAGUUAGUCUAUCUUGUUGCUAGAAAGUUAACCCUUCCCACUCAGUUGCCAAUGUGAAGAACAAAUGCUUAUGAAUGCAAGCACAGAAAACUGGUAUCUCUCUGUUCUUCACAUGUGAAACUUAAUCUUUGCUGCUCCCAUCAGAAAGAUGCCAAGAGACUGGCUUGAUAGCUUCAUCUCUGAGACUUGGAUUUCAACUUCAUUUUGGGUUUGCAAAGCCAUCUGGAGUGAGUGAUGGAUAAACACUGCAUGUGCUGAAAUCCUGAUUUGAUUCCUGAGUUCCCAUUGCACUGAUCUACAUACAGCUCCUGAUGUUCCCUACCCACCUACUCCCUACACUGCAAAUUGGGGCCAGAACAAAAUGCAAAUGGUUGGUGUGAUCCUCAGUUGCUCCUCAUCAUACCUGCUGUUGCAGUUGCAACUCAUUUUGCUUCUACGUGAUGAAGGAGUGGAAAUUAAGAACUCAGCUCAGCUCUUAACUGAAUCUUCCUCAUGUACAGUAUUUCUUUUCUAUUCCAUUACCAUUUUACCAGGGACUUGCACAGAUGGAAAAUAUGUCUGUAUUUUGCUUUCUUGCCAAAUGUUUUGGGGAAAUUACCUUUGGAGCAUUAUGAUGGCUUUUGAGAAAUUAGACUACCUCAUGCAACUCUUUCUAAUCAAUGAGGUAUGACUAAAUCACGUGGAUUCUCUUUACUCUGAUGAGAUGGCUAAAAUUUCUGACAUUUGCAUAAGAUACUGAAGAAUUAAUAACAUGAUCGUAUGGGUGGUCAAAAAUAAUCUUGGUCUCUUGAAGCAGGGUGGAAGAGAGGAAUAUCCGUUUUUGCCACUGUCUUAUGGAUAAACAUCCAUCCAAGCAGAUUUAAUAGUUAAAUGCUUAAGCAUUAAAGAAACGAUAACAAGUGAUUCUAAUUGGCUUCUAAAUUUCUUUGGUAGAUUACAUGCAAGUAUUAUAACUUCAGUUGAUACAAAUAUCAAUUUAAAAAUUCAAUGCAUCAAAUUAAAGCAGUGAAAAGGAAAAGAAGAGAUCCUUUCCAAAAACAGACAUUUACAGGCCUUCCCAGUUAGGGAAAGUGUCAUUGCUGUUCCCUCUCUCACUCAUCCUCCCACCAAAAUGUAGACCAAAAUGUGGCCUUUUUCCUUCUUCCAUCUCCACUUGGUUGGUUUCUCCUCUCCUAUAUCCUGUUUUUUGCCCCCUCUUGGAGUUAACUGGAAGAGAACCUGAAGGCUUCCAUAGCUGACCUACCUGAUAGGCCCUUCUGCACAUGCAGAAUAAUGCACUUUCAAUCCACUUUCAAUCCACUUUGCAGCUGGAUUUUACUGUGCAUAAUAGCAAAAUCCACUUGCAAACAACUGUGAAAGUGGAUUGAAAAUGCACUAUUCUUCAUGUGCGGAAGGGACCAUAUAGAGCCCCUUUUUAAAAGAAUAUCCAGAAGUUGUUGAUUUUGCUUGAUCUGGUCCACUAUUCUUUCACCAAUGUCUACAAAGUUCUUUCAGAAGUACCAUGACAUGCUACAACAAUAAGAAUGCAACUUAGUCCCAUUUUAUAGAAUAUUAGUUUUUUUAAAACAAAAGCUGAAGGAAGACUCUCAUGACUUGCCUUAUAUUACAAAACUCUUAAAACUGGAAGCCUAGUAUUCUCCCUCUGUAAAUGUUCAUGAAUUUCAAUUUUGUUCAAGACCUUGUUCUAAGAACAGGGGUUUGAAAGAAAGAAUAUCAAGUUUAUUGUAUGCUUCUCCUUCAUAUAAGAAGCCCUGAGAUUCUGGACAAUCCCUUACUUGACUUUCAGUUCUUUCUGUCCUUGAUCAAAUCAGUUGUUUUGUGGUUGUCCAGUAUUUUGUCUGGAGAUAAAAAAUGUAAUUGCAUGGCAGCUUCCAGCGGGGAAAAAAGCAGAAUUCAGUGGAAUCAAGAUGGCCCAUGGGAGGCUGAUGCAAAGUCACUAUGAAUUAAAUGCACUUGUUAUAACUUGGGUUUUUUUAAAUCAUUUUUAUUAAUUUUAUAAUAUUUGCAUCAAAACUACAGCAUGGGAAGGAAAAGAUACCAUUGAUCCAGUCACCCCAAACGUCUUACAAAACAAAAGUUAAUACUACGUAAACUGCAAAGAUUAUAUAUAACUAAAUGACUUCUCACCCACACCCUGCUGUCGACCCUAACCAUCUCAUUUCUUCAUGGUUUAUUAACUUCCAAGCCCAACUUAGAUUCCUCUUUUCUUUUUUGGAGGGUAUAUAUAUAUACCUUUUCUAAUUUAUCAACUUUACAAUUGAGGGAAUUGAUAAAAAAAUAAAAUAAAAACAUCUGAUCCUCGUAAUCUAGUUUCCCAUAGUCAAAGGUCCCCCCCCUUUUAACAUAAACAUAAGAUUCUCUCUUUUAUCCCCCUUCUUUAACCUUAUAACAGAAUUUACCCGUCUACGUUUAUUUAUCAUUUGCCUCCAAGAGACCCAAUUUACUUCCCUCCUUUUUGUAUAUUUAAUUGAUCUUACAAAACAUUUUCAUUUAGAGUCUUUUUAAAUUUUCAUACAGAUCUCUCUGACACUUGUUAUUGAAGUAAUUUUUUGCUGUUGUCCUUUGUAAGUAAAGAAAACUCCUUCCCAACUAACCCAUGCAAAUCUUUUCUGGUUCUUUUCUGGUUCUUUCUCAGAAUGUCCACCAGAAACGCAUAGUCUUUCCUUUUCUGUAGGACUCUUAAGGUUGUCAGUGUUAUCACUUGUUAUCUUUAUUGCUUCUUUUCUUUAUCUGGCUGAGGUCCAAUCGUGCAUCCUUUGUGUAAACCCAGCGAGUUACUUUAUGAAGGAUAGAGCUUUAUAUAUCACAGUCCCUGCAGAGGUGCUAUGAGAUGUGUUCAGCUGUUGCGGGACUCUAGCAUCAGCAACUGUGUAAGACUUUUGCCUUGUUAAUAUUAAAAUUCAUCAGUAUGGAAAAAAGGAUAAAAGUGGCACCAUACAUAUUCUGAUUGCAGAGGCUGUGUUCCAGAGACCCGUGCAUCCAGGAACAGACUGUUGUGUGUGCAUCAUUUUCUCCCUGUCCUCAGUUUAACACGUGGUUAGCGUUAUUAUUCAUGUUUUGGGAUAGGAAAGUAGGUGCUGGAUUCAUCCCCCCUUCAUCAUGAAUAUUCUUCAGCAUCUCUGUGAAGCAGAGUAAAGCAGAAAUCCAGUGGUACCUUCACAGACUAUUAAAAUUUAUUCUAGCAGAAGCUUUGGUGAAUCAGAGCUGACAUCAUCAGAUGAAGUGGAGUGCCAGAUGUUCAAGAUCUCAAAGGAUGUCAGAAAAGAAUGGUAGAUGCUCUGCUUCAACAAAAAUUUGUCAAGUGCCAUUAGAAAAAGGAGAACAUGUUCAUAUUUUGACGGGGUGUGUGGCAACACGUUCCAUCCCUCUUCUGCACAUGAGGGAUCUGACGCAGUAGGGCAAGAUGCGCUGAAGCCUCUUUUCACAAGCAGAUUGCCUUUGCUGGAUUGGGACCUCUGCAUAACGAAGCGGAGAAGAAACUCUUCCUACACUACACACAUGUAUUUGAAAGAGGAUGACGCUUGAUUGCUGAACCUUAGGAAUAUACUUCAGCAUAUCUAGUGCCAUAUGAUUAAAAUCAAAGAAUGCCAAAAAGAAUUUCAGAUUCUCUGUCCUUCAGCAAACAGCAAAAAUGUUGCAAGGAAGAUAGAGAAUAAGUCUUCUUGUUUCUGCUCUUGCUUGCCACUCAUGGACAGUCUUAUGGAUCCUUACAUUUUUCACCUCUGCCAAGGAGGGAAUGGAUAAACUUCACAGAUGCAUUUUCAAAACUUUUAUGACCCCAUGAUGUAGUUGACCAUAGGUGAUUGUUGAUUAAAUUGGUAGACAAAUAUCCACAUUAGAACUAGCCUUUAUCACUGACUUUCUAAAAAAAUCACAUUUGCUAAUCGCACAAAUAUAUCAAGGAACCUGUUCAGAACACAUAUUCAAGAAACAAUUAUUUCAAAAACUUCUUAUACCAUAGUCUCUGUAAAGAACAGAUACUUCUAUAAUAUUUUUUUCAUAAUCAAAUUAUACAUUUAUAAUAAAUGGAACCAAAUGUUCUCAAGUAGAAAAAUUAGUGGCGUUUGGUAUUGUAAAAUAAUAAUAUUAAUGAUAAUAACAAUAAUAAUAGAAUCCAAAAGGUUUUUCAUUUUGUUUUAAUUUUCAGGGAAUUUCUUACAUUGUAGAAUGACAAUUGUUUUCAUUUUGAGGUUGUUACAAUAAUUGCUUCUGUGUUUUCUGGCUGCUUGAAUUCUUCAUACCUGUCUAAUAAUGUUGCAGUGCUGCUGUAUCUAGAUCAAACCACUGUUUUGUUUUCCAAUUUGUUUUGGGAUUUUUUUAAAGAAAAAUAAAUUCCUUUAUUUAAGUAUA